AUGGUGAACGACUCUCGUGGCAUAGAACUCGCGCUUAGUAGAGAUCGAUUCCUCUACGUGUCUGACCCGGCGGCAGGCCGGGAACGAGCCUUAGACUCCAUCCGUAACUCGUACACUCUCUCACUACCCGGGGGACGACGGGGGCUGCAGCAGCGGGCCCGUCGAGCAGCGCCGCCGAAUGGGCGGGCCGCCAAACGCAGCUAG